AGAAUACGUGAAAUCACUGAAUUGUAAUGCAGUUAACCUUUUUUAUGCGUCUGAACGGAUCAGUCGACCUUGUACAGAUACAUUUGAAUUGCUGAACAGGAAAAGCAGCAACCAGCAGUCAGGUGUCACUGAUAUGCUGUGAUCUCGACCACUUGGCGUUUUCUGGGGCUUGUUGUCAGGAUAGUCGCCACAGUUGCCGCUUUCUUUUUUCUUUUUUGGGUUACAGCUUUGUGACAACGCUGCUUCUCAAUUACAAUGUGGGGAUCCUUUUCCACCAUCGUAAUCCUGUUGCUCGGUCAUCGCCAGGUGAACGCCGGUGGCGACCGCCGCGGGUACCAGCGCUCGGAUGGACUAGCGAUUGGCGACUGGUGUGUGCCGCCGGCGCAGGCUACCGGGCCGCUGCAGGGCAUGGACUGUACGCAGAUCAGCGGUGCCGAGUGUGUAGCUUCGGCCGGCGCCCAGCCCACCGGUAACGUCUGCCAAUGCAAAGCCGAGUAUGAUCCGUACGAUGCCGGCAAUGGGGUGCAGCGCUGUCGUGCCAGGCAGAGCUCCACGGUCAUCGCCACUAUGACGGCGGCGGACUGCCAGCUGGACGACGACUGCCACCAGUACUUUGCCACCGCGGUGUGCGGCCCGCCACUCUCCGGACAGCCAUUCGGCAAGUGUGCUUGUCCCAAGGAUUUCAUCUUAGAUCCCAAUCCCACAACCGGCAAAACUUGCAAAGCCUACGACUGCAAAACCGAUCCUACUGUGUGUACCACCGCUUUCGGCUCUCAGGCCGAUUGUGAUAAAGGAAAAUCUGUGUGUAUUUGCAAGACUGGAACCUAUUUCCUUGCCGAUAACACCGGGAAAGUUACAUGUCAAGAUUGGAAGCUUCUGCCCGCCUGCUCGACAGCGACCCCCUACUGCCCAGCACCAUUAACGUGCACCAUUGCCAAAAGCAAAUGCGAAUGCGGCAGCAACAGGAUUGCUACGCCGCAAACCGGCAAUCCAAGCACUUUGGAAUGCAAACAGGUGAGCGCCAGCACCGCCCAAGUGGGCGACACUUGUGACCUGACCGCCAACAAUAUGGACUGCCCAACGGAUGCCGCCUGCCUGGCCGUUGGUGCCAGUAAUAUUUGCGUGUGCAAGCCGUAUUACAAGACGGUGACGGGGGCAGACGGCCGCAGGGUGUGCAAAACGUAUCUGGGCAACUGCUGCAAGACCUUACCAGACUGCGGUGGGACCCGGGUCCCCACCGGGGUAACCUCAUCGACAGGGGCGGCUAUCACGGCCGCGCCACUGACCUGCAUGAAACUGAAUAAUGCCGCGCGCGGUGUCUGCACGUGUCCGACCGGUCAAGCGUGGGACUGGACCACCAAUCCACCGGGUGCCUGCACCGUGACGGCCGCUACGUGCUAGAUCGGCAUGCCGCAAGUUAUUGAUGUACGUUGAUAGCAGUUGUCGUUCGUUUUCCGAAAUUGGAAUGUUCGAAGGCGGUAUAAGCGGAAUGUCAGCUUUUUGCAGCAGAUUUGCUUCUACCGAUAAAAUCAUUUAUGCUUAUACCGUUGUACGCCACCGACCCGUAUGCUCUUCUUACGCGAAUGCUUGCGCGAUUAAGGGCGUUUCUGGAAUUUUGCCUUGUUUCCUUACCUUGCAGAUCGCGCUUAAAUACCGAUUGAAUAAAACAAA